CAUUCCAUCGAGGCACUGUACACAUGUACAUGCCUUCACAUUCCAGCCCUUGUACCGUUAAACAAUGUAUUUCCUUCGGCACUACGCACACACGGUGCGCUCAUCCACUUAUUGCAAUAACUUAGAUGUGCAUGUAUGCUGUAAUUGAAAUACCAAGUCGAGUAAGACGACGGAAAGUCAAAAAUGUGUCUCUGGUUUCUCAGGAAAGUGAUCUUGUUUCUGCUCUACGGCUCCAUCCACCUUUUUGCUUUUGAUUUGUCCAACGUGAAGUUCUCAACUUUAGAUGAAGCACAGCCCACUGAAUCGUCAGCUUAUGGACCUGUGGCCCUUGGCGAGUUGGGUAAGGCCAUGCUUCUAGAUGUGUUGAAUACAGGAAGGUCUAACGUGGAUCCGCCUGCGGUUGACAUGAACAAAGUGGUGUGGAGCACUGAGCAAGCUGAUCAAGCCUCCACUGCCUUAGAGUCCUGUAUAUACGAGAUUUCACUGCCUACAAGUACAAGCUGGAUUCAGCUGACAAGCUUCUCAGAGUCAGAUGGACUCCUAAACAAGACCUUGGAGGAGUGGUACACCUUCGGUGACUACUACGAUUACCAUCAGAAAUCCUGCUUGAGACCAGACCUCCCUAUUAUUUGUCAAAUUUACAAGCUGCUCACUUGGUCUACAAUGACAUCAGUCGGAUGCGCGCAACAUUUCUGCGAAUAUUUGUGGAACUCCUUCACUGGAGUGAUGUUCUACGACAAGUUAUACUGGAAGUGUAACUUUGAGAACAUUGGGGACUUCACAGAUGCUUCUCUCAAUCCCUAUGCCACUGGUACCGUCAACGAAUCCUGCACGCAAUGUGAGAGUGGUUCCGGCUGGUGUGAUAAUAGGCUUUGUAGCAGUGAGUGUGACAUGCAGACAGCUAGCUGCUCAUGCGCUCUGGAUCCACUUUGCAAUGGCAAUGGGACCCUCAACGAAACAACAUGCAAGUGCAAUUGCAGUUACUCAUGGAUCGGCAACAGCUGCGAACAAUGUGGUGCAACAUGUGAAGACAAUCAGGAUCUGAAUUCCGAGUUAUGCCAGUGUUCUUGCAGCAUAGGUUACCAAGUAAAUGAGACGUCCAGGAACUGUACAGAUGUUGAUGAAUGUCGGUCGUUGCAUGAAUGUGAACAUAACUGCACCAACACACUGGGUUCCUACUAUUGUACAUGUACAUCCGGAUAUUUUCUCAAUGAUGACGGUUACACCUGUGCAUCGUCUGAAGAGUUGUUUAGGCUACUUCAAGCUCCACAUACAACAGAUGUAGAUGAGUGCGAAAAAGAGAUCGAUUCAUGUGAGCACAACUGCACUAAUACAGUAGGCGGAUACAGGUGCAAUUGCAUGAACAACUACCUCCUAAUGGAUGACGGUAGAAGCUGUAGGUAUGACGCGUGUAACAUGAGUUCCACCUGCAACUCUACCGGACUUUUAGACGUCCACACCUGUGACUGCCACUGUGCAUCUGGAUACAAAGGUGACAUCUGUGAGGAGAAAUGUUCGGUAAAUGAAAGCAAAUGCUGGCAAGGAUACGAGCGGCCACCUCUUGCGUUGGAUGCUGAUUACUGCCCGAGAUAUUGCUUUGAAUGUGCAUGUGAUCUCUCUGGAAGCAAAUGUGAAAACAACGGCACUUUCUCGAAGGUUCCUGGGUACGAGUUGCAAUACGGUAUGUGUCGUUGCUACUGCCCAUUCCCUUGGAGCGGACUCGCGUGUGAAGAGUGCAACCUGUCUUGUUACAAUGGAGGAACUCUGGAUCCUGCGAUCUGUAGCUGCACCUGUCCUGUAGGAUAUAGACCACCGGAUUGCUCGGCGCCUUGCGUGGAUGUUUCUCGAUGGUGUAGCAGACGAAUGGCUCCUUUGUGUGAUCGUGUGCCUGUUAUCCGCAAAAACUGCCCGGUGAUGUGUGGAAGUUGCACUCAGUGAGCGACUCGUCUCACAUCCAGCUGGAAUAUUUCAAAUAAAUUUUUCGUUGAUUUCAACAUACAUUGAAUAUGACAUCACUAUACUACGGUACGUUGUGGUUAUGUUCCAUAUUUUCAUACUCACUUUUAUCAGCUUUUAAAUUUCGGAAACGUUGAGAGAUCUUUACUGUUGUCAUAAGUUUUGUUAAAACACAGAAUUGUUCAAAUGUUAUUUUGAAAAUGAUAGCUUUAAGGGCAGACCUUUUAUUUGAUAUCAGAAAAAAGUUCAUUCAGGUAUUACCUGCCGCUUAUCAUUUUUUCUCCACUGUGUGAAGAUCUUAUUUCAUCAGAUUAGUUUCCAGAUUGUAAAAAUUCUAGUUUUAGUUCUAUUCUUUCCUUUAUCCUUAUUUUUCUUUUUAUUAAAUGUUACAAAGAUAAACAAAAGGUGAAUUCAAGGAAUAGUUAACUGAUAAUAAGGACGGUGAAUGGUUCUUUUUCCACCGUUAUUUGUCGUUUCUCGCCAGUUUCAUGUUUCCUAAAAAAUCUUGAUGUUGCAAAUGAAACCAUUGUGGCGGAAUGUAAAAAGAUAAUAGGGUCAUCCAGAUUUUGAUCCCGUUACUAUGGCGAAGAGAUGUGAUGGGAAAGUGGGAAUAACAGUAAAUUCAUUCCAAAACUAGCUUUUUUUCUGGAGUUGACAGCCUAUUGAAAUCGCUGUGCUAAUAGUAAUCGAUGAACCAUCUUCCAAAAAUUUCACAUGAUGAAUCUACCUGGGAGUACGUUGACGAUUUUGUCUUCUGUCGAAGAAGUUUGGUUACAGGUGUAACAUCGAUGCAGGAAUAGGUCACUAGCUCCAAAAAGGGCAAGCCAUUCAAUCUUGAUUAUCUUGUCAAAUCCAGCAGAAUAGAUGGUAAAGAUCUUAUUAAGUGUUCCAUACUGACGACUCAGAAACGAAAGAUGUUGUUCCGUGCCUAGAUUUUGUUCUAUGGUGUCACAAUUCAACAGAUUAAGCUGAUCCAUAACAAUUUCAAUAGCUGAUGUAUCAGUUGUACAAUUGUAUCCAUGGUAUGACAGAUGCAUUCUAAAAUUUCUCGUUCAUAUUAUGAGUCUGAAGGAAAAUAAACUGCCCAGAAGCGUUUUGCUAUUUAAUUUAA